UCCUGAAGGGCAAGCGCUUAGGUCGUAACCUAUUGGCUGACUCACCUGGGUGGCCAGUCUCCACAGCUGCCAGCCAGAGGAGUAGGUCACUGCUUAGUCUCUAAGGCAGGGUUCCGCUCUUUCUGCCGCCUCUGCCUUUGCGGUGCCCACCUCUUUGCCGGUGAAGUUACUUCUAGGUUUUGAGACCUCGGGGCCUGAGGCCCAAACUCCGGACGAGUCCCCAACUCGUCUCUUUUUUCCCUGUCAUCCUUUCUUACGCCACCGAAUAACUUCGCCUUUGAGCUGGCCUGCUCGGGUUUUCCUUGAGACCAAGUUUAGGGCGGUAAAGGUAAUCGUGGGGAAAGAGCCUCCCCAGUGGACAAAGAAGGAGGCAAGAACUGGGCUGGCCUAAGGACUGCGGGCCAUGAGAAUAGGCAGUUAAGGGGGUGAACAAGGACAAAUAGAGUACUGUGGAUUUAGAAGGGACCGGAAAGCACUUGUUGCACGAUGGAAGAAUAUGACUCUGAGAAAAAGAUGGAGAAAGAAAAUCUGGGGCCGAGAAUGGAACCUCCAUUAGGGGAACCAGAAGAAUCGCUAGGGUGGGUGCUACCAAAUACAGCCAUGAAGAAAAAGGUAAGAUGCAUUAGGUACACCAGAAACACGAAGGUACAGGUGCUGUUGAUGGGUAAAAGUGGAUCUGGUAAGACCAGCAUGAGAUCUAUUAUCUUUGCAAAUUAUAUUGCCAGGGACACACGUCGCCUUGGUGCAACAAUACUAGACCGUUUACAUAGUCUUCAAAUUAAUAGCAGUUUGAGCACCUACUCUCUCGUAGACUCUGUUGGAAGUACAAAGACAUUUGAUGUAGAACAUUCUCACGUUCGAUUUCUGGGAAACCUGGUGCUGAAUCUAUGGGAUUGUGGUGGACAAGACACAUUCAUGGAAAAUUAUUUUACUAGCCAAAGGGACAACAUUUUCCAAAAUGUGGAGGUUCUAAUUUAUGUCUUUGAUGUGGAAAGCCGUGAGCUGGAAAAGGACAUGCACUAUUAUCAGUCAUGCCUAGAGGCUAUUCUGCAUAACUCUCCAGAUGCCAAAAUAUUUUGCUUGGUACACAAAAUGGAUCUGGUACAGGAAGAUCAACGCGACCUGAUUUUUAAGGAGCGGGAAGAAGAUCUGAGACGCUUGUCUCGCCCAUUGGAAUGUUCUUGUUUCCGAACAUCUAUUUGGGAUGAAACUCUUUAUAAGGCUUGGUCCAGUAUUGUGUAUCAGCUGAUUCCCAAUGUUCAGCAACUGGAAAUGAACCUAAGAAAUUUUGCUGAAAUUAUUGAAGCUGAUGAAGUACUUCUGUUUGAGAGAGCUACUUUUUUAGUGAUUUCUCAUUAUCAGUGUAAAGAACAGCGUGAUGCCCAUAGAUUUGAGAAAAUCAGCAACAUUAUUAAGCAGUUCAAAUUAAGUUGCAGCAAACUGGCUGCCUCUUUCCAGAGUAUGGAAGUCAGGAACUCUAACUUUGCUGCUUUCAUUGAUAUCUUCACAUCUAAUACUUAUGUGAUGGUCGUGAUGUCAGAUCCAUCCAUUCCUUCUGCAGCAACUCUGAUCAACAUCCGCAAUGCCAGGAAGCACUUUGAAAAGCUGGAAAGAGUGGAUGGACCAAAGCAGUGUCUUCUCAUGCAUUAAAUAUUGCUGAAUAUCAUUUCACACAAAAAUCCAAACACUGUAUCAUAAUCAGUAUUAAUGUUGUAUUCAUAUAUGUACACUGUCUCUGAAAUGUUGUGACAUCACCUGUAUUUCUUUUCUACUCCCCAGUCUUAACAGUUAACCUAGAAUGCUAUUUACUCAAAUAGCCAAUGAGGAGUUAGAAGAUGUGCUGUCCAUAGAAUUGAUGUAACAUAAAAAUAGGUGAGAUAUAUAUAAGUGUUCUGAUAACACUGUUCUAAUAGUGUGCAAUUGUUGUAAUAACUUGGUUUCAGUAGUUGUGUAUGCCAAACAUUUUCCAGUAUCCUCUUAUAUUCGUUCUCAAACGGUAAACUUACAAGUGUAGAUUAUGACAUUUUUGGCAUGCAUUAAAAAUAUUCCUUAACUUCAAUUAUAAAUAAACUUUUGUUU